UUUGGCGGCCUGAAGCGAAACGGUAAUCGAGACGACGGCCUGACGUUUGGGGAGGCGGGAGCCGGAGAGUGCGGAACCGCGGGGGCCCCGCUGGGCCGAGGGCCCCAGAGCCAGAGCCAGACCCCCUGGGCCUCCAAUGGAGACCUGCAGGGCCCGCCGGGAGGCCUCUUCGACCCGGAGGAGAGCAAAGUGGUCAAGCGGCUGAAGCAGCACCAGAACACGGACCGGCCCACCUCCGUCAUCAGCACCUCCGUCAUCAGCACCUCCAUCUCCUCCAUCCUGGGCAACCUGCCGCUGCCGGACCUUUUCCCCCAGCGCAUCAAGCAGGAGGCCGCCUUCUCUCCGGAGACAGACGUGGAAACGCACGGCGCCGCCUGCGACCCGGACGGCGGCGGCGCCGUGCGCCUCAUGGAGGAUAUCGAGAUUUGGCGAGACCUGGACCUUCCCGGCUCCCUGCCCGAAAUCAGCGAUUUUGAUUUUGAUUCAGAAGUGGCGCACUUGGAUAACAUCCUACAGGACAGCAGAGGGGGUGGAGGAGGAGGAGGCGAUGGGGGUGGAGGCGUCGGCGGCUUGCUAAAGGAAACCACGCCUCUCACGGGGAGCGUUGGAGGGAACGGGCCGGAGCAGCAGCAGCACCUCCUCCUCCUGCAGCACCUCCCCCCCCCCGCCGCCUCCCUCCUCUCCAGCGUCAUGAUCAAGGAGGAGAAGGAUCCCGACGACUCCUUCAUCCACAUCCGGACGCCCGGCGUGGUGAAGCAGGAGAAGCAGCACGCCGGCGGCGCCAUGGCGUCCUCUCUGGGCGUGGGAGUCGGAUCUAGUUACCACUACAGGGCCGGCUCCGCCUCCUCCUCCUCCGCCGUGGACCAGGAGGCCUUCGGCAUGUACUCCAGCCUGGCGGGGGAGAGCUGGGCCCGGGGGACCCGCUUCGGGGACCCGUCCGGGCCCCAGAGGGCCGACGACGGGCUCCCCUCCGCCGCCGCCCUGUCCACCUUCUCCGUCAGCUUCUCCAGCUCAUCGCCGAGAGCCGGGGACACGGUGAGCUCGGCGCUGGCCGGCCAAUCGAAGCCCGGCGGCCCGACGCAGAAGAUCUGCCUGAUUUGCGCGGACGAGGCCUCGGGGUGCCACUACGGGGUCGUGACCUGCGGCAGCUGCAAGGUGUUCUUCAAGAGGGCCGUGGAAGGAUGGAGAGCACGGCAAAACACAGAUGGUCAGCACAACUACCUGUGUGCAGGCAGGAACGAUUGCAUCAUCGACAAGAUCCGGAGGAAGAACUGCCCGGCCUGCCGCUUCAGGAAGUGCCUCAAGGCCGGAAUGAACCUGGAAGCGAGGAAGAACAAGAAGCUGACGAAGAUGAAGGUCCCCACCAUGCCCGUGCCGGUGAUCCCCCGGCCGAUGCCCCAGCUGGUGCCCACCAUGCUGUCCGUGCUCCAGGCCAUCGAGCCCGAGGUCAUCUUCUCGGGCUACGACAGCACGCUGCCCGACACCUCCUCGCGCCUCAUGACCACGCUCAACCGGCUGGGCGGGCAGCAGGUCAUCUCUGCUGUCAAGUGGGCCAAGUCCCUGCCAGGCUUCCGUAACCUGCACCUGGAUGACCAGAUGACUCUGCUGCAGUGCUCCUGGCUGUUCCUCAUGUCCUUCAGCCUCGGCUGGAGGUCGUACGAGCAGAGCAACGGCAGCAUGCUCUGCUUCGCCCCCGACCUCGUCAUCAACAAAGACCGCAUGAAGCUGCCCUUCAUGAACGACCAGUGUGAGCAGAUGCUCACCAUCUGCAACGAGUUUGUGCGGCUGCAGGUUUCCUACGACGAGUACCUGUGCAUGAAGGUGCUGCUGCUGCUCAGCACAGUACCUAAAGACGGCCUGAAGAGCCAGGCGGUGUUCGAUGAGAUCCGGAUGACGUACAUUAAGGAGCUGGGCAAAGCCAUCGUGAAAAGGGAGGAGAACGCCAGUCAGAACUGGCAACGCUUCUACCAGCUCACCAAGCUACUGGACUCCAUGCAGGAGAUGGUGGAGGGUCUUCUCCAGAUCUGCUUCUACACCUUCGUGAAUAAGACCCUCAGCGUGGAGUUCCCCGAGAUGCUGGCGGAGAUCAUCACCAACCAGAUACCAAAAUUCAAAGACGGCAGCGUGAAGCCGCUGCUGUUCCACCAGAAGUGACUGCCUUAAAGCUGUGAAGCCAUGCCUUAAAGCCCCGCCCACGUACCUCUGCGGGGGGGGGCCUUAGCUUUUUGCCCCUUCGGCCCCUGAAGCCUUGGUCUGACCCGCCCCCCCAUCACCAGAGUCCACUCGCCCAGACCUCCUGCUGCCUGUUGGGGCCAGACGAGGGCGGCCCGCCCCACGCCGGCCCUUUGCCCUUUUUCUUGACUGACGAAGCACACGUUGGCUCUGAAUGUCUUGAGGAAGCAUUUAGCCCCGCCUCCAUUGUUUUAUAGCUCCGCCCCCUCAUCAUGGCACCUAGCAUUCUGUCCGACUCGCCUACUGAAGCUCUCUGCUCCUCUCCACCUCCUCCUCUCCUCUCCUCCUCUUCUCCUCUUCUCAUCUCCUCCUCUACUCCCAUUCUUCUUCUUCUUUUUAUUCUCUUCCUUCUUCUUCUCUUCCUUCUUGUUCUUCUUCUCUUUCUCUUUCUCCUCCUCUUCUCCUCUCCUCCUCUUCUCAUCUCCCCCUCUACUCCCAUUCUUCUUCUUCUUUUUCUUCUCUUCCUUCUUCUUCUCUUCCUUCUUGUUCUUCUUCUUGUUCUUCUUCUCUUUCUCUUUCUCCUCCUCUUCUCCUCUCCUCCUCUUCUCAUCUCCCCCUCUACUCCCAUUCUUCUUCUUCUUCUUUUUCUUCUUUUUCUUCUCUUCCUUCUUCUUCUCUUCCUUCUUGUUCUUGUUCUUCUUCUCUUUCUCCUCCUCGUCUCCUCAUCUCCUCUUCUCAUCUCCCCCUCUACUCCCAUUCUUCUUCUUCUUCUUUUUCUUCUCUUCCUUCUUCUUCUCUUCCUUCUUGUUCUUCUUUUUGUUCUAGUUCUUCUUCUCCUCCUCCUCCUCCUCCUCCUCCUCCUCCUCCUCCUCCUUCUUCUCGAGGACAAACAUGUUUUUAGCUGUGAAUCGGUUUUCAUUUCUCAAAUGAUGUGAAUCAGAUUUAUAGACACGACCGCCGGGAGAAAAACAACAGCUGUUGGGGAAUAUUCAUUUAGGUCACGCGCACACACACACACACACACACACACACACACACACACACACACACACACACACACACACACACACACACACACACACACACACACACACACACACACACACAUUCACUUCAUACAAUGUUUACACAGGAUUCUGACAAGGGAAACAAACAGUGCCUUCAGCUUGUAAAGCUCCUCAUAGCACCUCCUCUAAACUCGGCUAGAUUUUAUUUUGCAUAUGAAACAACUUCACAAACAUAUUUGUAAUGGUUUUUUUCCAUGCUGGCUAUUUCUUCUUUUUGGGUGUUUUUUAUCGUCUGCUCUGUUCCCCAGACGUGUACGAUGGUGCAGCUUCAAUAUUAGUAUGAAAUAUUUAGAUCAUGAAACAAGUUUGAGAAUCACAUAAAAACAAACGAGUACAAAUGUAAAUAUUUAAGUUCAACACAUUUCACCUGCAUAAUAUAUAUAUAUAAUAUAUAAAUAUAAAUAAUAUAUAUAUAUAAUAUAUAUAUAUAUUUAAUAUAUAUAUAUAAUAUUUAUUAUAUAUAUAUUAUAUAUAUAUAUAUUUUAUAUAUGUAUAUAAAUAUUAAUACUUCACCAGCUGCAGCCGCUCUGGUGCUACGUAGACGCCACUGGAAUCACACAUAUCUGAUGUAGACUGACUGGCUUAAAUAUUAUGAUUAAUGAGGAAUAAUUAAUGAUUUUAUUUUGUUUCAAGAUCUUUGCAAUUUAUUCCGAUGCGAUCGAACAUGUUUUGGUUUAAUAACUAAGACAUGAAGUUCUGUGAGAUAGUAAACAGACACAAAUUAUUCAAGUUCAAACCGUCCUCAUUUAGUUAAAGCUCUCAGACAACUUUCUAGACAUUACAGUAAAGUCAAAUAGAAAUACUAAUUAUUUGAAUUCUCAACCCUCUAAAAAGCGCAUUUACUGACUUUUAUUUUCCAGACAUAAUUAAAAAAAAUAUAUAUAUAUAUAAUUUGUGACCAAAGCAUUGUGUUUCACUCAAAAUACCCUUUAAAUUAAACAUCACGUCGACUUGUUUGCACACACACACACACAGUGGCUUAUUAAGUUGGCUGACUUGUUAAUUAUAUUAUAUACAUGUAUAUCUAUGUAUAUUUGUUUUGUAUAUGAGAUAUAAAUAUAGAGACGCCCAUAUUCUGUGGAACCGAACUGAAAGUUUUAACGAUUCUGAAAGAAGUUUGGUUGAAAAUAAUUUGUGAAUCAAAGCUCAGGCGAUGACAUCAUCACUCUGAUGUGUUCAAGCGAUGACAUCAUCACUCUGAUUCAGGCUGUGAGUGACAUCAUCACUCUGAUGUCGCUCAGGCGAUGACAUCAUCACUCUGAUGUGUUCAGGCGAUGACAUCAUCACUCUGAUGUGUUCAGGCGAUGACAUCAUCACUCUGAUGUGUUUAGGUGAUGACGUCAUCACUCUGAUGUGUUCCACUAGUGCCAAACGGUUUUUAAAGGUGUUUUCCUGGAGAUGUGAAAGAGUUCCCUGUUUUAUUUUGUAAAAAGAACCAGGUAGAACCAGGUAGAACCAGGUCGAGUCUCCUGAGAUGUUCAGAGUCACAGCUUCACCAGCGGGACGGAUGGAUUGUUGAGAGGCACAAACUAUUUUAUGAAUGGAUCUCUCCUGGUGGUCAGCGCUGGGACAUUUAUAAUGCAACACGCGUGUGUACUUUAUUAAAAAGCUUAUGUAAUUAUGUAAAGACCAAAACACAUUAACAGGGCAGCCCCCCCCCCGCAUCCUGCCCCACACACCUUCUCAGCUGUUUACCCUGAACCUCGUCCACGCCGCUCGCCUCUGAUUGGCCGUGGAGGAGACCAGGUGGUCUGGUUGCCGUGGAAACUGGUCAUUUUGCAGCACGGCGGUCCUCCACUCGACCGUCAGACGAACGAUGCGCCGACGUAAACGCCGCGGCCGGCGCGCCUCUCGGUCCCGCGGGAGAUCCGAUUUAUUUCGCUGAUUUAUUUUCGUUGCAGUAUUUCAAACAUUUGUUUCCAGGUGGCCUCAGAAACCAGCUUCACCGCGCAGGUGUAACCGUGCCACGCUCGCUCUCAAGGGCCACAGGUGUACAGAGCGGCCGACAUAUCCAGUGCAACGUAAACAGCGUCUACUAUUACUAUCACAUAUUUUUACACGGACGUAAACCUCGACACCGUUUGUUCCUCCUUCAGCGACAUGGAGACGGAGAGCCAGAGACCCGAGGAACCUCAACAGAGAGCAGUGCUUUGGAGAUUGAUCUAUUGGAAACAAUUAACAAAUCUCUCUCUCUAUAUAUAUAUAUAUAUAAAAUGAAAUGGGAAAAACAAUUUCUUUUUUCCUUCUCUGCGAUUUCUGAAUAAAUCCGCUUGAUCCACUUUGAUAUGAAUAAUUUUACCCAAAUCAUUUUUGUGUGUACAUUUGAGUCGAGAAAGUAAAUAUAUAUUCCGCCCCGUCGGUAAAGCUAGACGUGUUGAACAUGUCCGUCUUGUGAAGCUGAUGUAAAUUCUACGAGCCAAUGGGAACGUCACGAUGAACGCUCGCUGUUAAAGUUAUGAGGAAGGAGGAGGAGGAGUUACAGAAGAGUGAUCAAAGCAGAAGAGAAAAAAAGGUUACAUUUUAAGUCCCACUUAUGAUCCGACUUCUUAGACUUCAUCUUUUGUAAAUGUCCUUUUGGAUCCCGUGUUUAUUGCUUGUGAAGAUUUUACUGGUCACUUUAAAAUGGAAAACGUAACAACAACAACAACAACACAUGGUUGACCCUCCUGUGUGACCGUGUAUCUCCCAGCGCUGAUGGAACUGCACUCCCCUCAAACUGGUUGAUCAAAUCUAUUUUGCCUAAAAUACAUGUAUUCUCUCCCGAUGUCGGCCUGCUCCCGGUACAUGUGGCUCUGGCUUUCAUUGGUCUGUUCUGUUCGUGUUUCAGUUGUAAUUGUAAUCCGAUGUAAAAAAACAAGCAAAAAAUAUAAAAUAUGUUUGUAAAAAAAACAA